AAAUGUCAACUUGAGAUGUGUGAAUGAAAACAUGGCGGAUCCAGAAGGAGUGACGGAUGAAAUGGAGAAGAAGAUGGAACCAGAGAAUUUUACUGGAGCCGCUGUGAAUAUAAAAGAAGAAAAUAAACCAGAAGAACCUACAGAUGAUUUGUACGAAGUUGAACGCAUAGUUGGAACUUCAAAAGUGCAUGGUGUGAUUCAGUACAAAGUUCGAUGGAAGGGAUACGGACCAAUGGAUGACACAUGGGAACCAAUAGAGAACCUACAGAGUUGUCUAGACGUUGUGGAAGCCUUUAACUUAAAGAAGAGAGAAAUGCAGAAGAAGAGAGCAGAGGAACGACAGAAGAGAAAGGCAAUGAUGGAAGGUACAGUUGUUUCAGAAGAUGAUUCUUCACAAGAUGGACCAUUAACUGAAUCACAGGGAGGUCUUAAAGAUACUUUCUGGAAGGACUUAGAAGAGGGACGGGUCAAUCUGUUUGACACUGACAUGUAUUCAAGGGUCAAAGGUGGUGGUCGUGGACCAAGACAAGAAAGCAAAACUAAACAAACAAACGACAAUGACACUUCUUUUGGAAAUGAAAGAAAAUCAAGUUCUAAAAGGAAUAAAAGUAUUUCUAAGGAAAACUCACUAAAAGAAAGCAAUAAGAAAAAACACAGUUCUGUUAGAAAUAGAAACCGUAACACUAAAAGUAAAAGGUACGCGAUAAAAAAAGAACCAGAAGGAAAUGACAUGGAGGCUUUCAGCUGCUCGUCAUCUGAUGAUUACACAGAUGAUAAAGGAAUUGAUGUUCAUGAUGUUUGGCAUAAAACUUUAAAGAUCAACUUGAUAUCUGUUACAGACAAUUCACAAAACAAAACAGAAGGAAAUAGUUCUUCUUCUCAUCACAGAUCAGACAAACAUAAAAGUGACAAGUAUACUAGUGUGAAAUCAAGGACUGUUCAUAAAACAGAGGACAAAAAUAAGAAACACACAAUUACAGGUUUAUCAUCCAAAAGUAAGAAAGAUCCAGUGGAAAAUAUUAAAAAAGAAAUUGACAACCCAGCCAGUCCGCUUAAGUCUUAUUUAUCAGGGGAGAGUACUCCACCUCGAAAAAUUUCUGUGGAAUCGCCAUGUUCCAGUUCUUUAGACAGUUUUACAGAUAAAUUAGUAGAUGAGUUCUCAGAGACAUCCGGUACGAAACGGAAAUAUAGUUCUGAUUUAAAUACACUAAGUGAAAUGAGUGAACGACCAUGUAAACAACAGCGAAAGGAUUCUGUGGACAGUGGACUGGGUAGUUGUAAAAGUAUGUGUAGUGAUUCUUCAGACAGACACAAACUGUGGAGAAAACCUAUAGUAGAAUUAUUCACAGCUCCGUUAGAUGAUAUUCUUAGUGGAUCUAUUUUACCAUUUCUACCAGAGACUACUAAAGCCCAAGAAAGAGGUGCUGAUAGUUUUGAUAUUGAGCUUGAUGAUGUGGAUUUAGACCAGUUAGACCAAGAACAGGUGUGUGAGAAGACAACAGAUGGACCAGAAAUAACAGAUGAUAAAUUCCGGCAGGCUGUGAUGGAAGGAGAUUAUGAUUUGGUACGACGAGCCCUGGACAGUAGUAAGAAGUUUGGUGUAGAAGAUGCUGACGAUAUGGGAAUUACAUUACUGAUGUACUCGGCUCAAAAUGGUUAUGAUGAUAUUGUAGAGUUACUUGUAAAUAACAAAGCAAAUGUGAAUGCUCAGAUGAAGAAUGGUACAUCAUCGUUAAUGUUAGCUUGUGAACACGCCCACAUUUGUACAGUUGCACUGAUGGUUGAAUUAGGAGCUAAUAUAAACCUUGUACAGAACACAGGAGAAACUGCUCUCAUGAAGGCUGUUAGGAGAGGACAUAAACAGAUAGUAAGAUUUUUAUUAGAAAAUGGUGCUAACUUCUCUGAGCAGAACAGCUCAGGAUAUACUGCUUUAUCUUAUGCCAAAAUGAUGAGGUUAACAGAAAUUGAAGACAUAAUAGUGGAUCAUAUAAACAGGCUGACAGCAGAAUUUGACAAGCAAGUACAAGUAACCCUCAACAACACAGCCAAAAUAACUAGUGCUUUAUUCCCUCUACAGUGCUUCCCUUUAUCAGAUGGAGAAAAGUUUGUUGUUAAUUUUAAACAUGAACUACAGACUAAUACUCCAGGAGUUGGUUACUUGUUAUUUGUUGCUCAUGCCAGGAUAACUGCUCAGGAUAUUAAAUGUCGACUCUAUGGACCAUGUGCUGUAAAGACUGUUACAUUAAACGGAGUCCCACAACCGCCUCUUACAGAGGAAGCCAACUUUGUGUUAUCAUGCUGCCCACUGCAGAGUGGAAAUAAUGAGAUAAUUAUAGAGACAGUACCAUGUCCAACUUCUAAGGCCAAACUUGUGAUAAGUGCUUACAAAGCUCAGCUGUUGGAAAUGUAAUAAAAUUCAAGGUCACAAAAGACAUAAAGUUUGAAGUUAUGAUCUCAUUUCUAUGAUCUCAUACCAGAUGAUAUACCAAGAGUCAACAACAUCAGCUAAACAAUGAAGACAGGAAACCAGUUCAUUGUUUACAAACACUAUUCAUAAAUUAUUCAAAAAGCCUGCUGUGUAUUUCUAUGUUAAACCACAAUAUGAAUAAUUUUGGUAUUACAUCUAAAAAUUGAAAAUAUUGUUAUUCUUUCAAUGUAUUUUUUGUAAUUGAAAUUAGAUUAAUUUUUUAUAUCUGAAAAAUAGUUAAUAUAGUAAACAGGUCAUAAAGCUUAUAAGAUGUUAGAAUGUCUGUGUGUUUCUUGUGGGAUUAUGUGUAUAAAAAACAUCUUAUAAGAAGUUUGAAGGUUAAACAAGAAUAUCUGGGUGUUUGUUGUGGGAUUAUAUGUUUAAAAAACAAUCAAUGUAAAUAUGGGUUAUGUAUCAUUGUACGUUAAAUGCAUAUUUUGACAUUUUUUUUUCUCGUGCUAAAUAUCAUGUUGAAAUUGAAAGUGUUUGUUAUUAGAAAGAUAAAUAUAAUAUAAAGAUGUAAAGUAGGAUGUAAAUACAGUGUAAUUCACUAUAAAUGUAUAAAGAAAACUAGAAUGAUAAGACACUGCCAUUAAAUGGUUACUAUCCGAUAGGGAUUCAAAUUGUGCUAUUUCUUAGACUAGCUUAUUCUUGCCUCUGUAAAAAAACUCCCAGUAAAUGUGGUUAAUAUGUUGUUUCUUUGUAAUAUAGCUGUAUAAAAAGUGGAAUGACUGUUAACAGACGUGAAUGGUAUCUUAAAAUGAAAGUCACUUUGAAUCUGCAUAUUUUUGGAGAUAUUAAUUUGCGAAUAUAUUAUGGGGAAAAUAAUCAGAGGAUCUAUAUGUUUGUCACUUGUUGACAGCUAAAAAGGAUAUUUAGGAGAAGAAAGAUUACUUAACAUAUCAAGAAAGUAAAACCUACUAUUAUAAUGCUUUAUUAUGACAAUAAUAUGUAAAUACUGUUCAUUUUGGUAUUGUAACAUAUAAUGUCUCGCGGUUCAUUAGACACGGUAUUGAUGCGAGACUGAAGGCCGCUUCUUUAUAAUUAUGGUUCAAUUUAAUAUUGUCACAAACAUAAUCAUAAUCAUGAUUGUCACAAACAUAAUCCUAAUUAUGAUCGGUAAAGUUACAUUAAAAUCAUUAUAGUGUAUCAAUUGUUGAAAAUAUUUUCGUGUAUUUUAUACAUUAUUUGAAAAUUUAUAAAUCUGAAGAAGCUGAAUGUCAAAUUACUUUGAAUUGUUUACAGAAAACUAACUUGUAUUGGAACAUACAAUUUAAUGUUCAUUUUAUUGAAACAAUCAAGAUUAAUUGUUGAAAAGGAAGUGUCAUAUAUUUUAUAUUAAAUCUUGAAAUAAGCAUAUAAAAGAGUUUUUUGUUAAAAUAUUGUUAACACCCAUUCAAUAGAUUGUUAAAAGACCUCAUGUUAUGAUAUUAUAAGAUAUUGUUUAUUACAAAAGGCAGCUUAAAAGAAAGCCAUCAACAUAAUUAAUAAUUCCAUUUGUAGUUAACUCAGAUAGAUAGUUAGGAAAUUGUAGUGGAUGUUAAAUUGUCGAAAAGAGAAUUGAAAAAUUUCUUUGGUAUUUCUGUUAAAUUUUUAUAUGCAGUGAAUUCCUCAUUAGUAAUGUACUGUUUUUCUGUGGUCAAAAAAAUAAUUUAUCAUUUUUGUUUACCCAAGGUCAGUACCCAAGGUCAGUACCCAAGGUCAGUACAUACACAUAAAGGUCAAAAUAUUUUGUCCAUUAACAUAUUUCAUAUUAUCUAAAUUUGGUCAUUCCAUAAAACUGCUGUUGGUACUAUCAAUUUUGCACAUUCAAAAUUUUAACACAUUAUUAGUAAACAAUAAAUGUAUGUCCUUUUUUUUUAAUUUAUUUAUGCUGAGUUUGUCUGAUAUGACAGUUUGUUAAUAGUAUAAAUAUUGUACAUAAAAUAAACCAGUGUUAUAGAUAUAAAAUAUAUGGGCUAUACUUAAUUGUGGAGUUAUUGAUUAAAGAAUCCCGGUAAAUGAUGUUUCUUCAGGGUAACACAGGCAUUAUAAAAAUGUACAUAUUUUGGCUUUGUAGGUUGUAUGUAUACAAUGUUAACAUGAUGUAAGCUAAAAUACUGUUUGAUCUGAUUGUACGUUCACACUUGCUUACAGUAAAUGGUGAUAAGUGCAGAAUACAUCAUGGUUAAAAUGUAAAAUAUUUAAGGUAAUUGUUGCUGUUGUCUUCAUAAGGAAAAAAAUCAAAGCCUUUGUUUCUCUUUGGUUGUUGAUUUAAUGGAAAAAUAGUUUGCAAUAUUUUUGAUUUACCUGAACUCAUUAAUCAUGGUGCUUUAUAUAAUUGCUCUAUAUUUACUUUUUGUUUAUGAUUUGAAAUUUUAUUACUUGUUACUUUAAUAUCAAUGUCGUAAAUUUAAAGAAAAUGGAAAUGGACUUUAUAAUUUGAUUUAAACAAUAGUUUAACACACAGGAUAGUGAUACAAUCAUUGAAUUUCAACAAAUCUAUUAGAAACAAAAUGGAAAGAAAAUUGAAUUUCGAAAUUUUACUUAAGAAUUCAAAUAUUUUUCCAAAUUAUGAAGAAAGUUUUAUAAAUUCAGAAAAAGUUUAUUCUUAAAUAAAAGUUUCAUCUACCUAUCAGAAUAUUGAAGUCCAUUUCCCUUCUACCUGUUAUUAAUGUGAUAUAGGUUAUAUAUAGAUAACCAAUUAGUACAAUCUAGUCAGUCAUAGAUGUAUGUCUUUAUUUCUCAUUUUGUUAUGUGACAAGUUACAAUUUUAGAGAACUGCUGUUUAUUUCAGAAGUUAAAAAAUUAUCUGUCAUUUCGUUCAUUGUACACGAAAUAUGAGAAAAAUGUUGCUUCAAUUGCAAAAAUAUACAUUAAUUAUAAUUUUCAGAAAGACUAAGGAAUAAGAUAUUUCAUUGAUAUGUACAGAAAUGCAAGGGAUAAUACAUCACAAGUAUUUAUAUUCUCGUAAGUUUUUGUUUGUAAGAAAUGCAAAUUCUUUUAAAACUUUAAUAUAAAAAGAGGCAUUUUAUAUUGUGAUGGCAUUAUUAUUUAAGAACACAAAAAUACUGUUAUCUGAAAUACUUCGUAGGUAAAUUAAAAUGAACUCAUUUAGAAUUUAUACUUCUUUUUAGUGUUUAUGUUUUUUGACAAAAUACUUUUACAAGUAAUAAAAUAACUGUUUUUGAAAUGAGGACUAAGUUUAAUUUUGCACUGGGGUCCCCACAUAAACAUUAAUGGUCUUAUUUUCCCAAUUAACCUGUAUGGAUUAUCCUUAAUGAAGGCUUGCUUAUUGUUGUGCGGUUGCAUGCUUGUAAUGUCAGCUUUUCAUAUAGACAGUUAAGAUUCAUAACUAAUGAACCAUUAUUCAUUAUUUUUGUUAUGUUGUAUUAUUUUUAUGUUAACAUUAGAAUAAAACAUGUUUAUUUUU